CCUUCUUCCAUCGUCAAGCAUCACAGCAGGAUAGCAGACGUACGUACACAGGCAGCUAGAGCUCUCACAGCCAGCUCGCUCGAGACACACCAGCUAGCAUGGCGUCCCUGGGUGGCAGAGCUUCCGGCCGUCGUCCCACGGCGCUCGUGCAUAUCGCUCUCUUCGUUGUCGUCGCCGCGGUCAUCAUCAACAGCUCCGUCUGCCUUGGAGCCGCCGUCCACGCCGCCGCCGCCUCAGGCACCGGUGCUCUCGACCCUAACGUCCCUGCUGUUCCGACGCCGGGCGGUCCCGGUCAACCCUACACCGGCCGUGGGUGCCGCACAGUUUACGGAUGUAAACCACCAGUGGGUAGCCAGCCCUAAUUACAUCCGGGCGCAGAUCCCAUCUCCCAGACAUAAUGCAUGCGAGGAUCCAUCGAUAUAUGUAACUGGUUAACACAAGUUAAUCUACACUGUCACGCACCACCUUAUGUACACGGUAAUACCCUCUCGUGAUGUACUUGUACCGACUUAAACUCGAAUAAAUCUGGAUUGUUACAUGUCUGAAA